UGCUCUCCAACUGGCUUCGGGUCUCCCAGGGGAGGCAGAGGGAGGCUGGCCUGCCCCUUUAAGAACAUCUUCCCACCACCCCUCCCUUACCCAGAAGCAAGUCAUCAGGCAGUGCCAGACUCCAGAGAAAGAGCCUUCGGCUCCAGAGAAGGUCACCGCUGUCAGCACCAGUAUGUCCUACAGUGUGACUCUGACAGGGCCCGGGCCCUGGGGCUUCCGUCUGCAGGGAGGCAAGGACUUCAAUAUGCCCCUCACUAUCUCCCGGAUCACUCCAGGCAGCAAGGCAGCCCAGUCCCAGCUCAGCCAAGGAGACCUUGUGGUGGCCAUUGAUGGGGUCAACACGGACACCAUGACCCACCUGGAGGCCCAGAACAAGAUCAAGUCUGCCAGCUACAACCUGAGCCUUACCCUGCAGAAGUCCAAGCGUCCUAUUCCCAUCUCCACAGCAGCGCCCCCUAUCCAGUCCCCACUGCCAGUGAUCCCCCACCAGAAGGACCCUGCUCUGGACACGAACGGCAGCCUGGCGACUCCCAGCCCCAGCCCCGAGGCGAGGGCCAGCCCAGGCACCCUGGAGUUCGGGGACACCUUUAGCUCCUCCUUCUCCCAGACCUCUGUCUGCACCCCACACAUGGAGGCCCUGGAGCCUGUCCUUCCUCAGGGCAGCCCAGUGGCCAAGGCCAGCCCAGAGGGUGUACAGGGCUCAGUCAGCCCCAAAGUUCUGCCAGGCCCCAGCCAACCGAGACAAUAUAACAACCCCAUUGGCCUGUACUCAGCAGAGACCCUGAGGGAGAUGGCCCAGAUGUAUCAGAUGGGCCUCCGAGGGAAGGCCUCAGGUGCUGGACUCCUAGGAGGGAGCCUCCCUGUGAAAGACUUGGCCGUGGACAGCGCCUCUCCGGUGUACCAGGCUGUGAUCAAAAACCAAAGCAAGCCGGAAGACGAGGCUGAUGAGUGGGCCCGCCGCUCCUCCAACCUGCAGUCCCGCUCCUUCCGCAUCCUGGCCCAGAUGACAGGGACAGAAUACAUGCAAGACCCUGAUGAAGAGGCUCUGCGAAGGUCGAGGGAAAGGUUUGAAACGGAACGUAACAGCCCACGUUUUGCCAAAUUGCGCAACUGGCACCAUGGCCUUUCAGCCCAAAUCCUUAAUGUUAAAAGCUAAAAGGCUGCCUGGAUUCCCCUGACCCAUGGCAGGCUGGACCCCCCCCCACACACACACACACAGAUCUGGCAUGUGAGCCCCAUGGUGAUGCUUGAUAAUGAACGACUGUGCGGGGGGCACCUCUGGUAGCUCACGGUAGUACUUCUGCUCUCUGCCUAUCCCAGAGUUGACAGCUGGGGGCCAGUGCCACGCACUCGGCCCCUCCUUCCUACCUCUCCGAUUCCCAGCCCAGUGUGACCACCCCAGCUCCCACAAGCACAGCCUCUGAGCACCCCUGUGUAAACCCUUAGCUGUAGCCCAGAGGGGACACGACAGGGUUUGCUGGCCUAACGCAGCCAAACAAUGAAAAUAUACUGGCCACUGCUCAUGUGCCCACCCCACUCAGCACCUGGCCUUAUACUCACCUGGAACACGUUGCCUGCAGAUCAGGGUCCUGAGUGGGCACCCUCUUCUCUGUACCUGUGUGCUGGCUUCAUAGUUUCUUCUCAUGUACAUAUAAGCAUGCUUGUUUUGAAAUAAAGAGGAUUUGAAAUGAACAAACCAAGCCCCAAUCAUGCUGUGCCUGCGUGUAUGCCCUGCACCCCACCUUGGGAGGGCCUUCAAGGACAGUGUCUAGGACAGAGAGGAUAGGUACGGCCAACAGAGAGGCAGGGACAGUGUCCAGCAGGUGAGGCCCCAUGCGGCUCUGCUCACCCUGCUUUCCUACACCCCAGGCUAAGGACCCAGGAUGAGGGAUCCACACGGGAUAGUCUGUCUGCCUCUCCCUGGGCAAUGUGGAUGGGGGCUACCCCAGGACUGUGGCUUUCUCCUUCUGCACCCAGCUGUGACUGACAGGUGGCGCCAUCUUCCCUCACCGUCAGGAAAUAUGCUAAAAGCCUUUCACCCAGGCCAUCCUUAUGCCCAGCACUGUCUGGGUGGUCUGAGAAGUACUGUAAAGUAUCGUUUACAGGAAAGCCCAGGAGAUGGAGGUGGGGGUCGGUGACAGGGAGAUGGAAGGGCCUAGCAGAGUCUUGGUGACAGGAGUGUAGGGGACAGCCUCCGGCUGGCUCCUGCUCUUGGCCCCACCUGUGGCCUUGUGCUACUCUGGAGCACUUAGCCAAGCUGAUCAGAGCAGCCUGACUGAAAAGUUCUAGCCCCCACCAGCAGGGUUACUGUUUCAAAGCCACACUCCACCCACCUGCCCCACAAGCACCCUGGUUCCUCGCUCCACGGAAUCAUAGGCUGAGGACAUAAGGACGAUGGCAUUUGGAAAAUGAAGGAGGUACAGAGGACCAACUCUCAGGAUGCCCUACCUCCUCUGAGGCUGGAUGGCUGGAACCCUGCUCCCACCCUGCUGUCUGAAAACACCCUUUCUUUCUGGUGAGCUCAUCUGGAAUGGCCAGCCGGGGAAGCUGCUCACUCCUACCCACCCCCGAGAUGCUCUCUCUAAUCUCUCUACCAGCCUGUUCCUCCUUCGCCUCCUACCCCUUCCUUCUUCUAACAGCCUGAAGCCAGGGCCAGGGCAAGUCCAAACAAUCGUCAUCCUGGCUGGGGGAUACACCCGGGGAGGACAAGAGACGUCUACCUUCAUCUAGGCAAGCUGGAACUCACCCGUAUUUGGACUGAUGACUUGUGAGGCCCCAGAGUAGGUUGUAGGGUAGGAGGCGGCUAGACACAGAGGUAGUAGAGGUCCCAGACAGUGGGUAUCCUGUGGAUGGGAAAGGACCUGAGGAGAUCACUCCAAGUUGUUGGACCCUAAACCUCUGUCACCAGUCCCUAGACUGUUAGUACUCUUUUGGAGCCCAUUAGUUAAAGCACUAAAAUGUUUGCUUUCUAGCAGCCUGAUGCCUCUCAGCUCCUCCAGGCCACUGUGAGCAGCACCUUGUAGGCCGAGGGCCUACAUAAAAUCCUCAAAGUAAAUAGAGUUUUCCUCACUUAGCACCCUAUGUCUAUGAGUGAGGCUCCUGGCUACCAAGAAUGCUAACAGACUCAGAAAGGGACUGUGUAACUGUAACCACAACACAAGGUUGAUAUUGUGGACUCCAGAGGGGGGAGCCCCUCUAACUGGAGGAUAUGGUUUCCUGGAAGAAGAGGUUAGUGUUCUUGGUCUUGAGGGAUGGGGUAUGUUUAGAUAGGGCCGGCUGGCCAUCUAAUCUGAGGGCACAGACAUGGUGAGUCAAAGAACAGGAUGGAAGAUCCCAGAAUAAUCCUUUUGACCAGGAGGAUGGCUGCAGAGAAGGUCAUAAAGAGCUGGGAUCCAGAUGUAGAGUUCCAGGCUAUGGGAUUUGGAAUAUAUUUUGAGGGCAACAUGGAAUGGGCAAAGUUUGCAGCACACUCUUCCCACUGCAGCUGAUAGGCAACAUUCCCAAAGACCAGGGUGUCAUGGGGGCCCUGGCCUGGUUACAAAGUGGUAUAGCUGAACUGCCCUGAGCUAUAGUCACCAAAAUGAAAGAUAGACUAUCCACUAGGUGGAUGGCAGCAUGAACAGUUUUAUGACCAACACCUGAGUGAUAAUCUCUCAUCAUCCAAUCAACAGAAAUUGUCAUACUUCACUGUCGUAGCUAACACAGGCAGCACGGACAUCCUAAUCAUGGCGAAUCCCCUUCCACUCCACCAGGACCAAUCAUAGUAUCCCCAUUACCAACAGUUCCAACCCGAGUCCAGUGACCACAAAUCCCCAGACUUGACACCUCCACUAUCAACCCCCUCUGUUCCAGACAUACCACAGCCACCAACCACAACAUCAGCAGAAUUUCAAUUCCCACCACCAAGAGCCCCCACACAGAGUGAAGGCAUGAGGCCACCUUGAUACCUCCCAGAUCGAAACGGGGACCACAGCUGCACAAUGCUGUCUGGCCACACUCUCCCUUAGGCAGAUCUGAGUCUAGUUUGCUUGGGUUUUAUUUUUAACUGGGUGUUUAAACUGAAUUAUGGAUUGGGGGGUAGAGUGUGUGCUUAGCACAUAUAUAAGGCCCUGAGUUCUAUCCCCAACACCAAACAUUUUUCAUUGAAAAAUGAAAAAAAGAAUCUAAGUGUAUGACAACUCAGGAAGCAGCUGUGGAAUUGUAGGCCAGGCCGGGGUGAUCUCAUGGACACUCUCUUUAGGACUAAGGUCGAGGCUAUGUAAGUUCUCUGUAAUGCUUGCUUGCUGGUGCCUGCUUUUUGGAAUUUCUGGAGACUCGUGGAACUUCAUGCAGAAACUGACAUGGAACAAGAAUCCAAGAUCCUUCAGGAUGUACUUUGAUGUCUCUUCUCCCCUCUCUAGACCCUGGUGACUGCUUGGUGUCGGGAAAGAGUGUGAUCUUAGAUAGGAUGCACUCAGCAAAAACUGAGAGUAACAGGCACAUGUGCGUGCCCAUGCAUCCCUGAUGGUAACCUUUGUCCCAGCUCUGUGGUCAAUGGUGAACUUUUCUGGAACCUACUUCCAGCUCCAACUUCAUUGCCUGAAAUCCAGGCUUCAUUUGGAACUAUUGUAAGGGAAAGCUGCAGAUAUGCUGGGCUGUAGCACACUGGGACAAAGGGGACAGACAGCCAAUGUCUUCUUUGCAUAGCCCAGGCAUUUCCAUCACUCCCAUCCUGGGCAGGGUCUUCAGUUUCCAGUGGUCCACUGGAAAUGUGGGACGGAACCAGGGAGGGGCACGACGGCCUGUGUCACCCUGAGCCUUCCCAUACUUGGCCACCCUGUGAGGAGGUCUCCAAUAGCAGCUUAGGAGUGUUCAAGUUCUACAGUUUCUCUGGGAUAGCCACGUAAACAGCAUGGAUUUCAGGAGCAAAGGUGUUUCACAGAGGAUGGGCGAGUGGCCUCAUAGAAGUGUCAAGGACAGCUCUGCCCAAGGCCUCCUCUCUGACAACUAAGUCAUGACAGUCUUGGGCAGGACGUAGCUAAAACAGGCCCAUUUGAAUGUGCUCUUCGCUAUGGGAUAGCCAGCCCACAACUUCACUGCUUCUCCAGCUCUAACCCUUCUGUUCUGUUUUGUACCUUUUUCCUUUCUGACUGGAUGGAGAUCAUUUGGGAGAUGCUUGGGUAAGCGUCUUGUGGCUUCCUGGCAUUCCUAUCUGGGACAGACAGAGAUGUCUCACAAUUUGCUCCUCCCUGUGUGGUCCAUAGACCAACAGCAUCAGCAUACCAGGGAACUUGCUGGAAAUAAGCCUCAACCCCACUUCAAACUCAACAAACUAGAAGCUGCUGUGUGAUAUUAUCUGCUGGUUUUGUUUUAAGACAGGGUCUCACGAUAUAGCCCAGAUUGUCCUGGAACUCACUGUAUAUUACCCAGGCUGGCCUCAAACUCACAAAGCCAGCCAAAUGCUGGGAUAAAACUGGUGUGUACCACCAGUUUACCUAGCUAUGUGAUGUUUCACCGGAGAGGCAGUGUCUCUCAACCCCGGGUCCCUGGUCUCCAGAUGAGACCUGUAAGAUGAAUCAUCCAGGGAGGUGGGAGGGAAAAAGGGAAGAAUGGGCUGACGUUGGCACUGUGGAGCACGUGGAAGAGGGAAGUGCUGAGAUGUUACUUGGGUCCAGCAAGGAUUUGCCUUUGAACAGAGACAGAUCACCUUGGCUGACCACAAGAAGAGGUCUCUUUCUUCCUCUGUGAAAUACUGGUUAAGGCUUCAAGUCAAACUGACCCUCAGUCAUUUUGUUCCCAUGGGUAAGUUCCAGAACCUUGGGUAGAUGAAUUCUGUUUCCAUUUCCUCACUUAUUAAAUAGGGUUGAUUAGCCCCCAUCAGAGGGCUGUUGUGAGAUGUUAAAGGAAUAAUUGUGGAAACAGUAUAACGUGAGCAAAUAAAUGGCGUGGUUCUGGGAGAGAUAUUACAACUUGUAGGAGUUUCGUAUGUUCUAUUACUAUUGUUUCAAAAAGAAAUGUCAGUCAAAGAUCUAAGAAUGAGCUAGGUAUGGUGGUUCCUUCCUGUGGUCCCAAUUAACAGGGAAGCUGAAGCAGGAGAAUGACUUGAAUACAGGCGUUAGAGCAGUUGAGAAGGGGCGGGGUGGGGGGAAGAGGAGAGGAAAGGAGAGAGAGGAGAGGAGGGACAAAGAGGAAAGGACAAGACAGGAUGUGUGUCUUUGUUUUCUCAUGGUUUGUGUGGGAGGGCCGGGAUUGCAGAUCAUAGUGAGUGCUUGUUGGGGAAGGGGUGUACAUGCACAUUUCUAUGCAUGUGUCUGGAAGCCAGAGGUCAAUGUCAAGUGUCUUCCUCAGCUGUUGUCUACUUUAGUUUUUGAGACAGGGUCUCCCACUGAACCUGAAGAUCAGCUGGCUAGCAAGCCCCAGAGAUCUUCUUCUCUUGUUUUCCCUGUGCUAGAAUUUCAGGCUGCUGCACCUGGCUUUUUACCUUUCUUAUGUGGGUGCUAGGAAUCUGAAUUCAAGUCCUCACACUUAAGCAGUGAGCAUUUUACUGACCAAGACAUCUCCCCAGCCCUAUGGCUGAGUUUUUCUUCUCUGUCCCAUUCCCAGGGAGCAGAACUAAUCCUCUCAAUCCAAACUCUGACUGAUCUGCCUUCUUAGAGGACUUUUGGGGCAGUCUGGGCUCGCAGAAUACCCAGGCACUCGGGUGGAGGCAUGUGGGCAUCUGGUCUACCUGUACUAGCACAGGCUAGUGCUGGGUAUAUCCACCCUACCUGAUUACACUGCUCCACACAGGCAGAGUGGCUGCUUCUCAGUAGAAAGAGCCUUCAGCUCUAUAUGUGCUUAGAGCCAAGUUCACGUCACUCUUGAAUGGGUAGCACACCCGGAUACCUGGUGACGUGAGGCUCUAUCAGCUUAGUAGGGUCUACCUGUGCCCUCCCUAUAGGUCCUGCCACUCCUCAGAGUAUGUCAUGAAAAGGGGCACAAAUUUCCGUAUCCCUGGAUGGUCCUUGACCACAUUACCCCUUCUGGUCCGUGUACCCUUGGUCUGCUUUCCAUGGUAGCUUCUGUCUGUCCACCUUCUGUCAGAUGUACCGUCAGUGCCCUGGGCUAAAGCCCACCUUCUUGUGGCUCUAGAGCCUAGGACUUUUACACUCAAAUAUCUUUUUUGAGGGAAAGGAGGCUAUGGCAUCCUUCCCCAGAUGUAAUUUAUGCCCCCGACUGAAUGUGCAAGCAUUAGGGAGAAGGUAAAGGCAAAUUGGACAGGAAGGGACCGGGUUGGUAACUAAAUGUUCUUUCCCACUGCAUUGUGGUUUACUGGGAAAGAAAAGCCAGGAAGUACUGGAAGACUGAGGGGUAAACAUUCCUCCAAGAUUAUGUUGCCAGGCCCCUCCCUGAGGUCUGAUCAUGCCCUGCUGGGAUUCGAGAGGAGCUCUUUCCCAGCACCUUAGGAUGUUCCCUCACACACACCUGCAUCCUGUUCUGUAUGCAGAACAGAUGGUACUUUCCAUUCACCCCACACCAUGGAGAGGGCCUCACCAGACCUGGGGCCCACAUGACCUGUUGUCUUUUUGAUCC